AUGGGCGGAAGCAGUCGUCACGAAAGGGACCGCGACUAUUCAGAGGGUGGUUCUUCUCGAAGAUCCCGCCAAGACGAAACUGGCAAUGUAUCAAGUAGUGCAGCCAAUGAGACACCCAAACCAGGUUUAGAAACCACUAUGGGAUCAAGGGAAGGCCGUGGAGGAGGAUUUAUGGAGCGUGAUGAAGUAGUAGAAUAUAGAAGAUCGAGAGAUGCAGAAAAAGACGAAGAAUGGGAUGAAUUUGGGAGAAAAAGGAAAAAGAAUAAAGAUUGCGGAGUUGACACAAAAGAGGAAACAAAUGGAAAAAGAGACAAUCAAAAUAAGUCAAAUGAUGAUAGAGAACAGUCUAAAAAGCCAAGAUUAAAUGAACAGUAUCGUCGACGUUCUUCGCGGUCACGAUCACCAUACCAUCGCGAUCGUUCGCUGUCGCGGUAUAAGCGAUCACGUCGAAGUAGCAGAUCUAUUUCUCGCGAUCGCAUGAGAAGUCGGUCCAAAUCAAGAGAUCGAAAGAAAUCAGAAAUUGAUAGUCGCUAUUAUAGGUUAAGGUCUAGAUCACGAGAGCGAGAUUUGGAUAAGGAAAGGGACAGAAGAAAAUCACAUCGUAGUAGAUAA